UCAUAUGUCUAAAAGUGAUGAUUCUUAUGAUCGCAACUUGAUUGGAAUUGAAUCGCGUGUGGAAAAAGUAAAACGGUUGUUGAAUGAUAAGCAAGUUGUAGGAAUUUGGGGGAUGGGAGGCAUUGGUAAAACCACAAUUGCAAAAGAAGUAUUUCAUCGAAACAAGAAUAAAUUUGAUGCUUAUCACUUUGUUGACAAGCAACCAUUAUGUGAAGACGCAUUAAAUAGCAGAAGGAAGAUAUUCAUUGUUUAUGAUGAUGUAAAUGAUCCGAUCCAUUUAAAAAGUUUAGCAAAAAAAUGGGAUUCAUACGGUGAGGGAAGUAGAAUCAUUGUAACUAGUAGAGACUUGCAAGUACUUAAAAAUGUUUGUUCAAGUGAAUGCAUAUAUGAGGUUGAGCAAUUAUGUAACUCUGAAGAUCUUGAACUCUUUAGCUUGCAUGCUUUCAAACAAAAUAAUCCCAAGGAGGGAUUUGUGGAGCUAUCAAAGAAAGUGAUAACCUAUGCUGGAGGCAAUCCAUUAGCUCUUAUAGUCUUGGGAUCUCAUUUAUUUGGUAUGGAGAUAGAAGAAUGGAAGAGUGAAUUGGAAAAUUUGAAAGGUCAAUCUCUUAAGAAUAUUCAAGAUGUUUUGAGAAUAAGUUAUGAUGGGCUAGAGAGGAAUGAAAAGAAAAUAUUUCUUGAUAUUGUAUGUUUCUUCAAAUGGAACCCAAAAGAUGAUGUUCAGAAAAUGUUAAAAGCAUGCGGUUUCUCUCCAGAAGGUCCAAUACGUCGCCUAAUUAAUAAAUCUCUCAUACGUAUCACUUUUGAUGUCGUA